GACAGAGAAUUGGCAGAUGAUGAAAUUGAAGAGCUGAGAGAGGCAUUUAAUGAAUUUGAUAAAGAUAAAGAUGGUCUAAUUAGCUGUAAGGACCUGGGAAACCUGAUGAGGACGAUGGGUUAUAUGCCAACCGAGAUGGAACUGAUCGAGCUGGGCCAGAACAUCAACAUGAAUUUGGGAGGGAGGGUCGACUUUGAAGACUUUGUGGAGUUAAUGGCCCCAAAGCUUUUGGCUGAAACAGCAGGCAUGAUUGGUGUGAAGGAACUGCGAGAUGCUUUCAAAGAGUUUGAUAUGGACGGCGAUGGCUCGAUCACUACCGAGGAGCUGAGGUCCGCUAUGAGUAAACUACUGGGAGAACACAUGAACCACAGAGAGAUUGACGCUGUCGUCCAAGAGGCGGACAAUAACGGUGAUGGUACGGUAGAUUUCGAAGAAUUUGUGAAGAUGUUGUCAAGCUGCUGAGAAAAUCCUCUUGCUGGAUGCUGCAGAUACAGAAAACAUAUACGACUGCACUCACAACAGCAUUAUGCAUAUCCAUAAAUAUAAUAGCAAUGUACAGAAAGAUUUCUUCCCCCCGCAAG